AUGAAGUUCCUUCCCCUGCCAGAAUUUGAGGAUGUCACAGGUUCUUUGAACUUUGAUACAGCCGACUGUCAUAUUGUUGGUGCAUGCGAUCUGUACACCACCAAGGCUGCCCGAUCCGAUCGGAAACUCUACAAUCAUAUCGAACAAUCGCUGGAAGCCCAGUACGAAUCAAUUCUUCGACUGUCCGCCUCCUUAUCUCCUCCCAACGCUCACGAUGCCGCCGAGGCCUUGAACCUAUCGAGAUCCAGCCCCUUCGGCCCCCUGAGUGAGCACUCCAGUCGUCGGACCUUCGCCUACUUGAUCGCCACCCUCAACGCCAGUCAUCCCGACUAUGAUUUCUCGAAUGUGCUGCGCCCGACUGAUUUUCGUCGCGAGCGUCACUUGAAGCGGGUCAUGAACACAGUCAACUCCACCCUGUACAACCUGCGACCGCGCGACUCAAUCGACCUCUCCCCAUCAUCUCCCGCGACCCUCUCGGGAUCAUACAAUGCUGGAUACCCUUCUUGGGGUCCGCGGAUGUGGAGGAUUAUUGACGAACAUAUGUCGUUGAAAGAGUGCUCGGUAUACUCGUAUUCGCCGGAUGAGGACCCAUCUGACUCCGAUGACGGAGCGAUUUGGAGCCUGCAUUACUUCUUUUUCAAUCCGCUACGCAAACGUGUUUGUUAUAUUCACAUGCGGGCGAUUCCGAUUCUCAGCCACACACCGCCGGAGGAGGGCGUUGCUACGCCGACUAGCAAGCGCACGUUCGACGAUGGGUACCUCACCCCCGAUCUGAGUUCCAGCAAGCGUACCCGCUACUGGCUUGGAACCCGGGCCGAGUCAUCACUUCGCAACAGCGAGUCCGAUGAUGACGACAUGGGCCCAUCGCAACCGUCGCAUCCGAUCUUGGAUGAGGAUGAUCAAUACAUGCUGAGUGAUGAGGAGCUUCAAACUCGCUCCGGCCACAAGGGGAUGGUGCGUGCAAUGAGUGAGGAGAUGAUGGACACGAUGGAAGUCUGA